GCCAGCACGUGACGGCGACUAACGUCGCUGGCGAGCCACUUCCAUGUCGCCUCUUCUUCGUCACUGAUCGACAUUCUGGGAUACGCUUCCUAGUUGACACUGGGGCAGAAGCUAGCGUCAUCCCACCUACGAAGGAAGAGCGUCUGCGGCCAAUGUCUCUGCAACUUCGUGCCGCCAACGGUUCGCCCAUCACAACCUAUGGUCGGAGAUUCCUCGAUCUCAACCUUGGAUUGCGUCGUCCCUUUCGUUGGGUUUUCAUAGUGGCAGAUGUGACCACCGGCAUUAUUGGUAUGGAUCUCUUGCAGCACUAUCAGCUGCUGGUAGAUGCUGGCAAGCAUAAGUUGAUAGAUUCUACCACAACACUCUCUGUUUCCGGUAUAGUCACAAAGACGCCGCCCCUCAGUCCCGUGUACUGCACGACGGACGCUUCUAGUCCCUAUGCGUCUAUCAUUCAGUCCUUUCCGGAUGUCUUUAAGCCAAGUCGUUGUGUCCCUUGUGUGACUUCGAACGUUUCUCAUCACAUAACGACGACUGGCCCGCCAGUGUUUGCGAAACCACGGCGAUUAUCCCCGGAGAAACUGCGUGCUGUAAAAGCCGAGUUCGAACACAUGCUUGAAAUGGGAAUAAUCAGACCAUCCAACAGUCCAUGGUCUUCACCCUUGCAUGUGGUACCCAAGAACAAUGGCAUGGACUGGAGGCCUUGUGGUGACUACCGAAGGCUCAACGCUAAAACGAUUCCAGAUCGUUACCCAGUCCCUCACAUUCACGACUUGACUGCAUCUUUAAAAGGCUCGGUUAUCUUCAGUAAGCUUGACUUGACGCGUGCAUAUCAUCAGAUCCCGGUUCAUCCUGAUGAUGUUCCCAAGACAGCCGUCAUUACACCGUUUGGUCUUUUUGAGUUCCUCCGUAUGCCUUUUGGUCUUCGCAAUGCAGCACAAACCUUCCAACGUUUUAUUCACGAUGUUUUACGUGGACUCGAUUUCGCCUAUGCCUACCUAGACGAUAUACUAAUCGCUAGUCCAGACGAAGACACUCAUUUUAACCACUUGAAACAGGUUUUCGCCAGACUGUCAGAGCAUUCGAUGACAGUCAACCUGGCCAAAUGCCAAUUGGCGUUCGUUCACUAAAAUUUUUGGGACACGUUAUCGACGAGCAAGGCAUUCGCCCACUACCUGAAAAGGUACAGGCGAUCCAAGACUUCCCAGUCCCAGCGUCACUUAAAGCUCUGCGUGUGUUUCUGGGUAUGGUGAGCUAUUAUCGUCGCUUCGUUCCCCAAUGUGCACACAUUUUGACUGCACUGACCGACCUGCUGAAAAGUAAAUGUAAAACUUUCAGCUUGACUCCGGAGGCACUAGAAGCAUUUCGCAAGAUCAAAACCGCAAUAGCAGACGCCACGAUGCUGGUGCAUCAAGACGUAAACCUACCUCUUAGCAUUGCGGUUGACGCCUCUAACACGGCCAUUGGAGCUGUGUUGCAACAACUUUCGGAUCACACUUGGAUCCCAGUUGCAUUCUUCUCUCGGAAGUUAUCCACCUGCGAAAUGCGGUACAGCACUUUCGGCAGGGAACUGCUCGCCAUAUAUGCCUCAGUGAAACAUUUUCGUCAUUUUGUGGAAGGUCGUGACUUCAUCAUCUUUACCGACCAUAAACCUCUGACGUAUGCCUUACACACCACUACUGACAGAUAUUCACCGCGUGAAUUACGUCACCUAGAUUAUAUUUCGCAAUUCACGUCGGACAUCCGUCAUAUUUCUGGUGUGAAUAACCCUGUCGCGGACGCACUGUCUCGCGUUUGCACCACUACUUUGCCUCGAGCAGUCGACUUACGGAAGAUUGCCGAACUUCAGGAUUCAGACGAGGAGAUUGAAAAACUUCAACACUCAUCCUCUCUGAAGAUACAGCGUCUACCGCUCCUGAACAGUGAAGUGUCAAUAUUGUGCGACACCUCCACAGGCACACCCAGACCGGUUGUUCCUUUAUCCUUGCGUAAGCAUGUUUUUGAUGCUUUGCACAAUCUUUCACAUCCUGGCAUCCGCGCCACUGACAAGCUCAUAUCUGCUAGGUUUGUUUGGCCUGGUAUUAACCGUGAUGUUCGAAACUGGACACGGUCAUGUAUUCAGUGCCAACGUUCCAAGGUGAAUCGUCACAACAUCCCACCACUUGGAACUUUCGCCAAACCUGACUCACGAUUCGCUCAUGUCCACUUAGACAUUGUCGGCCCACUUCCACCCUCCGAUGGAUAUAGUUACCUACUGACAUGUGUCGAUAGGUUUACUCGCUGGCCGUUAGCCAUCCCACUGUCUAACAUUACUGCCGAAACAGUAAGUCGGGUUUUCGUCGAAGGAUGGGUUUCACAGUUUGGAUGCCCUUCCACCGUGACAACCGACAGAGGCCAACAGUUCGAAUCCGCUACCUUCCAGAAGCUGAUGAAUCUGUUGGGAUGCAAACGCAUCCGCACUACCGCAUAUCAUCCAGCUUCCAAUGGUUUGGUCGAGCGAUUCCACCGACACCUUAAGAGCGCACUAAUGGCAGUCGACAAUAUGAAAUGGACUGAGUCUCUGCCGUUGGUUCUUCUCAGCAUCCGUUCUACACUCAAGACUGAUAUACAGUGUACACCUGCUGAGUUAGUUUACGGUAGUAACUUACGUUUGCCGGGUGAGAUGGUCGCUUCAGACUGCAGUGACCCAACUCCUACCGAUAUCCAUGGCUAUGCUCAAACUCUUAAGUUACACAUGCGUCGCCUCCAACCCUCAUCCACACGGAUACAGUGUAGACGGGUGCAGCUGGAUAAAAGACUCCAAGAUUGCACUCACGUCUUUGUGCGUUGUGACGGUGUACGUAAGCCCUUACAGCCACCAUACGACGGACCCUUCAAGGUUCUCAGUAGGAAAGAAAAGUUUUUCGUCAUUGACAGAUCUGGACGGCAGGAUUCUAUAAGUGUCGAUCGUUUGAAGGCAGCUUAUAUAGAGGACGACCCGCCUUCCUCUACACCGACACAACUAGAAAAACCCUUGCCGCCGGACUCCCUAACAGACUCGUUUAGUCGCGCGUAUCCUGAACCUUCUAAAAGAGCCACGUCUAGUAACACUGAUCCAGUACCCUCUACACGUGCUGGGAGGCGUGUACAUUGGCCCAAGCGAUACGCCGAGUUCGUUAAUUAGCCCCAGAGCAACUUCACACUUGGUGAAUUCGGAGUUUCAACUACUUUGUCGUGGCAUACACUUUCAAUGCGUUUUCAUACCUAAAGUUUUCAAAAGUCAUGUUUACUACUUUGCAAACAGUUUUUUUUUAAAAAAAAAAAAAAAAGAAAAACCAAAAAUACAAUUUAAAUUCCGAAAACUUUUUUUGGUUGGUUAUUUUUUUUUUUUCUGUACUACUCCCACUUCGAAUUGUUUGGUUUUCCUUUUCUUAGCACUCUAAUGUCCCAUUUCUUUCUUCUUGCAGAACCUAGAAAAUGCGUUGAAAAUUGGAUACAAUUGGCCGCUGACGAUGCUACUUGGAUCGUUCUUCGGUUCUCUUUGUACCAAUUUCCCCCUGUACACUCCCCGGUAGAUUAAGAAGCAAUAGGGAAAAGUAGACGGAGGCUUUGGGUCACCUUCCACCACUGCGAGAAGGGUUGCGUCUAGACGCAAAGUUAUCUUACCUCGUAGGUGUGCAUAGUUGCACUAGCUUCGGAGACCCACACGUCACCUACUCCAUCACCAAUAUGGAAAGGUGUUGCGUGUCCGCCUCGCAGUCGCCUCCUAGGAUCGAAGGUUGCCGGUAUCCCAACAACCUUCUAGGAGGGGGAUAACCUGUAGUGCACCUUCCUGGCACCAAAAUAUAACUAGGGCUAAAAUAAAUAGUUUAAAUUAAAUUAACUAAAUAAAUCUCUAGCUUGCCUCCGGAUGCUUAGGGUGUUUUAAGUUUUGUUUUAACGAGCAUGCAUCCGAGCAGGCUUGGACGCCAUUUUUGCGCUCCAUUGUGCUGAUCACCACGCACGUACUCCGAGUCCCUAGUUCAGCCUUACAAGCCAGAUAAGUUGAUUAAACUUUUCCCUCAUUCAUUAUUAUAACAUUUACCUUAAAUACAUAGCUCCUUUAAAU